UUUAGAUAGAUUUUAAUGUGAUUUGCAUUAAAUCUUUUUUGUCUUGAGGAAAAAAUGAUAUAUUUUGUUUUAUUAGCAUUGAGUGAUAAUUUGUUUGUGACAAGCCAUUCCUCAACAUGUUUUAGUUCAGUAUUUAAAGUUUCUGUCAGGUCAUGUAGAUUUUUGCCUUUAAUCAAUGAGUUAGUAUCAUCUGCGAAUAAGACGAAAAAUAGUGUCGGGGAAGAAAGAUAAAUAUCAUUAAUAUAUAAUUUAAAAAACAGGGGUCCCAAAAUUGAAACCAUUAGGAAUACUGAACGUGGUCAUCUCAAGAUUAGAGAUUGUGUCCAUAUAUAAAGUUUGCUGAAAUCUAUUUUUAGAAUAACUUUUUUAUCCAGUCCAGAGCAACACCACGUAUAUCGUAGUAUUGAAGUUUGUCAAAUAGAAUGUUAUGAUCUAUUGCAUCGAAAGCUUUGGAAAAGUCAAUAGACAAUCCUAUUGUAAAUUCACUAUCAUCGGUAGAUUUUCUGAUCUUUUCAAUAAAUGUUAAAAGACAAUUGUUAUUUACUCAAUAAAAUAACUAAACGAUGGCAUCCAGGUUAUUUUCUCAAUAGCCAAUUUGAGCAUUAUUUACUGAGGUGGGAACCUGGGAACCUGCGCAAAAGUGCCGAAAAUGAAGGAACCGAUUGACCACGAUUUUUCACAACAUGGGCAGAGUGAAUACAUCGACAAUCUUCUCGAAGGAAAGAAUAACGGAUUUUUCAUAGAAUGUGGAGCCCACGAUGGAAAAUUAUUUUCAAAUUCCUUAUAUUUUGAACGAUAUAGGAAUUGGACUGGAUUACUAGUAGAGCCCAAUAAAAGGACAUUUCAAGAACUUUUGAAUCUUAAACGAAAAGCAUAUGCUGCUAAUGUUUUACUAUGCCCAGAUAACCAAAGCAGGAAAUUCACAUAUGUUGAUGCAAAGGUUCUUUCCGGCAUAAAAGAACUCGUUCAACUUCGUUCUGACAAAAUUGCGAAAAGAAAAUCAUAUCUUGUCCAAUGUUUUACACUGUACACACUACUUUUAGCGGUAGGGGUGACAAGGAUUGACUUUUUCAGUUUAGACGUGGAAGGAGCUGAGGUACCCAUUUUAAAAACGAUUCCGUUUGAUAAAGUCUACAUUAAGUCUCUGACAGUUGAGUAUAGGUUUUUUGAUAGUCAUUCAGAAGACAAAGAAAAAUCGCAAAAGAAUUUAAAAAUGAUUCGCGAUUUUUUCGAGAAACUUGGCUUUUACAAAGAAGUGAAACUGGAUAGCCUCGAUGUGAUUUUUGAACGAAUUGAUUAACCCUAAUGAGGACACUACAACGUAUUUUUCAUAACACUUCAAAACUCUCGAGGGAGGUGUAAAAUUCACAAAUUUUUAUCAAUGACUACAAAACUUAACUCUUCAAAUGUUACCCAAGCCAGCCAGGCUGUUGAAUUCAGCUUGUCACUAUCUUUACUAUGUAUACCAAAGGUGAUAUUUACAUAGAAACCAGCAUAAAGACAAGAUGCAAAACAAAAGAUUACGUGCAUCAUUUAGUAUCUCAUUAUAGCAUCUGGUAGAUGUAAUGUAUAAGGGUAUAGAUAAGAAUAUAAUGAGAAUGAGAUAAAUGAAGGCUUUAAUUUGUUAUGAAAAA